AUGCCAACAAAAAAAUCAUUAAAAAAUCGUCGUCGUUUUGAACAUAAAAAUGAAAAAGAAUUAACAUAUGAAGAAUUAUUUCCACCUUAUGAACCACUUUACAAAUAUUGCAUUUAUUUUAUCAACGAAGUCACAUCGGAAGAAGAAAUUAAUUAUUUGAUUACUAUUGCUCAAACUACAACACAUUUUGUCAUUGAUACAGAAUGUAAUUGCACAUCAAAAACACCAGCUCUUAUACAAAUUUAUUUUGUUACAUCACUUGAUAUAGCAUCUCCAUUGCUAUUAGUCGAAAUUGAUUUUCUUCCUCAUUAUUCAUCAUCAUUAUUUUUAAAAUUUAAAGAAUUAUUUGAUUAUAUAUUUAGUCUUCGAUCAAUUUUAUAUUCGUGGGGAUUUAUAUCUGAUGAAUUAAAUCGUUUUUUACCAUGCAAACUUUUUUCAUUACCUAUACGAACAACGAAUUACAAUACUCAAGAUGUUAAUGAUAUAGUGAUCAUUAAUGCACCUGCAUAUGAUCCUACGUUAAUCUUACCGACACAAUUGAUGAACGACAAAAAGUUUUCUUCCGGUGAAACGUGGAGUUUACAAGAUGCAGUAGUUUACACGUUUGGACAAUAUUUAUCUAAACGUGAAACUUUACGACGAUGGUCCAUUGGCUUAGAUGUUAAAUUACCUACACGUGAUACAUCAUUUUCUUCAAAUUAUCGCAAAAAAUUGAUUAACUAUGCCUGUCUCGAUUGUGUUAGUGUAGCACAUAUACAUUUAAUUAUGCAACAAUCAAAAAUUCCACUCGACACCAAUUAUAUACACCAAGAACCACAAACUUCAGGCGAGUAUAUUUUGUCGAAUAAUUUAACCGUUUUGUCAGAUAUGUUUCAGCUUAGUGACGACAGUUCAUCUUCUUCGGAAGAAUACCAUACCGAGUUGGUGGCCGUUCAUGUUCCAAAUGAACGUCAUCAAUCUCCAUCUCACAUUAUUCAAAUGGAUUAUCAACAAGAAACAGAAGCACCUGCACUUGUUCCACCAACUGUACCUCGUUCUCAUAAACGAUCAUCAAUUGCCAAGAAAAAGCGAAAUCAAAAAACUAGUCGUCGCCACCGAGCAAAUCGCUACAAUUACGAAAUAAUACGUCCAGCAAACAUGAAGAUUACAUCAAUUAAAAAAUUACUACGGGAAAAUCAUAUUAAAUAUACUAAUAUCCAUGUGGUUCAUUCAGUACUUUAUAUUGGUGUCAAGUCUGAUGGUCAUAAACGUUUAUAUGAACAGUUAUUGCCCUCUCAUAUGUUUGUCUGA